GUCUAUUUGACCUAUCACUCCCAAAAAAGUGAUUGAAGCUCCAGUGGCUACCUCCUUUGCUCAUCUUCAAAAUACGUCAACCUCACACUAUACAAACAUAACAAUGCCCUCCUUACCACAACGAAAGAUUGGGAACGAUUUAGUACCAAUUCCAGGUCUGGGUUGCAUGGGCUUUUCCGCAUUCUACGCUGGUGAUCGAGAUGAUGAUGCUAGUAUCCAGGUGAUCAAGGCUGCUUAUGAGGCGGGUCAGACCUUUUGGGAUACUGCUGAUAUCUACGGUGAUAAAGAGAUGGGGGCAAACGAACGAUUGUUGGCAAAGGCGAUCAAAAAGAUUGGGAUUCCCAGGAAAGAUUUGUUUAUUGCCACGAAGUUUGGGAACCAUCGAGAUUCCAACGGAACUUGGACAGUGAAAGGCACUCCUAAGUAUGUCAAAGAGGCCUGCGAAGCUUCGCUGAAAGCUCUUGAAGUAGAGACCAUUGAUUUGUAUUACCAGCACCGCGUUGAUAAAGAUACGCCUAUCGAAGACACGGUCAAAGCGAUGGAGGAGCUCCGACAGGCUGGAAAGGUGAGAUACUUGGGUUUGUCGGAAUGCUCAGCUGCAACUUUACGCAAGGCUUGUAAAGUUGCGAAGAUAGAUGCAUUACAGAUCGAAUACUCACUCUGGCAAACUGAUAUUGAAGACAAUGGUAUCCUAGAUGCCUGCAAAGAAUUAGAUGUUACCUUGAUUGCCUAUAGUCCUCUGGGUCGAGGUAUGCUUGCUGGAAAGUUCAAGUCUCGUAAUGAUAUAGGAAAGGACGACUUUCGCUACAAUCAACCUCGCUUCUCAGAGGAAAAUUUUCCUAAAAACCUACAAUUAGUCACAGAGCUUGAAAAGAUGGCGAAAAAGAAAGGCUGCACGCCUGCUCAAUUAGCAUUGGCGUGGUGCCAUGAAAGAUGGGAAAAGGUAAUCGCAAUUCCCGGGACUACCAACGUUGAUCGAAUGAAGGAGAACAUCGGAUCCGACAAAGUAAAAUUAAUCAAGUCAGAGAUGGACCAAAUUCAAGAAAUUCUCAACACCUUCAAGCCACAUGGUGAUCAAUAUGAGCACCAUAUGAUGGGGGCGAUUGGCUUGUGAAUGGUAAAACUGGCCUGAGAUAGACUUGGGCACACGACAGGUAUUCAAUUGCCUCGCCGUAGUAUUUCUCGAUCAAAAUUGCAUUUCGUUAGUGGCCAGUUCAUGUACACCAAACAUCCCUCCUUGAGGGUAGUAGUCUAUGGUGGUAGAGUGAGGAUCUUUUUGUGAAUGUUUGCUUCUAAGAGCACCCACUAUCAUGAGGGUGAUUUAUCUUAGAUUUUGCGGUCCUGAGCGCGAAAUUUGAUCAUGCGUGUUUUACCAAAGUUGGUAACCGCAUGAAUUCCACUAUGGAUUGACGUAACAUCUGCUUUACC